AUGGCGGCGGCCGGGGGCGGAUGGAGGCGCUGGUGACGGUGCGGAGACUCGCCGCCGUCUGUACCAUGGGCGCCAAUGCCUCUGCUUUGGAGAAAGAGAUUGGUCCUGAGCAGUUCCCUGUGAAUGAGCAUUAUUUUGGCCUGGUCAAUUUCGGCAAUACCUGCUACUGCAACUCGGUCUUACAGGCACUUUAUUUUUGUCGGCCAUUUCGGGAAAAAGUUUUGGCGUACAAGGUGCAGCCUCGAAAGAAGGAAAGCCUCCUGACCUGCCUCUCUGAUCUCUUCAACAGUAUUGCCACCCAAAAGAAGAAGGUGGGAGUCAUCCCACCCAAGAAAUUCAUUUCCCGCUUGAGGAAAGAAAAUGAAUUAUUUGAUAAUUACAUGCAGCAGGAUGCACACGAAUUCCUCAACUACCUACUGAACACUAUUGCUGACUUACUGCAAGAGGAGAAAAAGCAGGAGAAGCAGAAUGGGAAGCUCCAGAAUGGCAGCAUUGAGAGUGAAGAAGGAGACAAGGCCGAUCUGACGUGGGUCCAUGAAAUCUUCCAAGGAACACUAACCAAUGAAACCAGAUGUCUUAACUGUGAGGCUGUUAGUAGCAAAGAUGAGGACUUUCUGGACCUCUCGGUUGAUGUGGAACAAAAUACAUCAAUUACACAUUGUCUAAGGGGAUUUAGUAACACUGAAACUCUAUGCAGUGAAUACAAAUAUUACUGUGAGCAGUGCCGCAGCAAGCAGGAGGCACAGAAGAGGAUGAGGGUGAAGAAGCUGCCCAUGAUCCUGGCUCUGCACCUGAAGAGGUUCAAGUACAUGGACCAGCUGCACCGGUACACCAAGCUGUCCUACAGGGUGGUGUUCCCGCUGGAGCUGCGCCUGUUCAACACCUCGGGGGACGCCACCAACCCCGACCGACUGUACGACCUGGUGGCCGUGGUGGUGCACUCUGGCAGUGGCCCAAACCGUGGGCAUUACAUCACCAUUGUGAAGAGCCAUGGAUUCUGGUUGCUGUUUGAUGAUGACAUUGUAGAGAAAAUUGACGCCCAGGCCAUCGAAGAAUUCUAUGGGUUAACAUCAGACAUUUCCAAAAACUCUGAAUCUGGAUAUAUCCUCUUCUACCAGUCCAGGGACUGAGAGGAAAAAUGGACCCAAGGAAAAAGGGAUCAAGCUUUGCCCGAGUGGAGCCCUUUGUGCCAGCAGAGGUUCAGCAGUUCCUUGGUGCUGCUGUAGGACCAGGCCAGGUGCAGGGGGAGGGGAGAGCUCCCUCCUGCCCCUCUUGGAGGAUUAGUGCUGAACUGCCCUAACAAGAAGAGCUUUUGUUCCAAUUUCCUUUCUGGGCUUUUUUUU